GCCGCCGCCGCCGCAUCGCCACCGGAGCUGCAGUCGCGCUUUGAUGAGCUCUUCGGCUCCGAGCCGACGCGCAUAGCCAGCAGGGGCGGCGGCACCGCCAGCCAGAGGCAGGCGCGCCAGAUCAAGAAGCACGUCAAACGAGCCGACAAGACGCUCUCCUCGGCCAGUCUGACCAACGCCACGCUGGAGGUGGUGGACGACGUGCCCAGCUCGGCGGUCGAGAUGCUGGUCAAAGAGAAGUUCCUAAAGAAGUUGAAUCGCCAGGAGCGGGUGGUGGAGGAGGUGAAGAUGGUGCUGAAGCCUUACUACCACAAGCGCUCCAUCACCAAAGACCAGUACAAGGAGAUCCUGGGCAAAUCGGUGACCAAGAUAUGUCACAGCAAAUCCGGGGAAAUCAACGCUCAGAAGAUACAAUCCCUCGUGAUCGGGUAUGUGACGAAGUUCAAAUACUCCAACAAGAAGGCGAGUUUGACGCGGGGAACGUCGAAGCCGGGUUCCUCCGUCAAAACAAAAAUGUGACGAUGGGCCUCAGUAAAACGUUUGCAAUUGUGAAUGUUUAGGACGCAUCGCUGAGCUGCUGCUGGACGUGUUGCAGCCCUGUGCACUGAACGGUCGGUGCGCCGAGAGCCCACAUUGGGUCACGUGUUUCAUCCUUGUCCAUGAAGUCAUUAGCUAUGAUUUGAUUAUUUCAUUGGCCGCCCGGCCGCGGGUGGCCAUCUGCUUGUGGUAGGACGCAGACGCUGUCACCGUGCUUUUGCACAUACAACUGAGAAAUAUAGUCAGUAUUUGAAA